AUGGACAGCGACUCUUUGCAGGGCUUGGACGCGGCGGGCUUUCUGCGCCUCUGGCAGCGCUUCGACGCCGACGACAAUGGUUACAUAGAAGGGAAGGAGCUUGAUAACUUUUUCCAUCAUCUGCUAAAGACAUUGAGCAGUGAAAGCACCAUAACUGAAGAAAAGGUUGAGAGGGUGAAAAAGCGAUUUAUGUCCAUAUAUGAUGUGACUGCGGAUGGACGCUUACAGAUACAAGAGCUUGCAAAUAUGAUCUUGCCAGAGGAUGAGAACUUUCUCCUGCUUUUCCGAAGAGAAACACCUCUGGACAACAGUGUGGAGUUUAUGCGGAUUUGGCGACAAUAUGAUGCUGAUAGCAGUGGUUUUAUUUCAGCUACUGAACUCAGAGACUUUCUGCAAGAUCUUUUUCGACAACAUGGAAAAGCCAUUUCUAAGGCAAAGCUGCAGGAGUACACUGACACUAUGAUGAAGCUCUUUGACAAAAAUAAAGAUGGACGGCUGGAUCUGAACGACCUGGCAAGGAUUCUGGCUCUUCAGGAAAAUUUUCUGCUUCAGUUUAAACUGGAUGCUUGUAGUUCAGAAGAAAGGAGGAGAGAUUUUGAGAAAAUCUUUGCACACUACGAUGUUAGCAAGACAGGAGCACUUGAAGGCCCAGAGGUGGAUGGCUUUGUGAAAGAUAUGAUGGAACUUGUAAAGCCCAGUAUCAGUGGAACAGACCUGGACAAGUUCCGCCAGAUCCUGCUUCACCAUUGUGAUAUGAACAAGGAUGGAAAAAUUCAAAAAUCUGAACUUGCCUUGUGUCUGGGAAUUAAAAUUACCCCAUAG